AUGUCUCUCUACCUGCCCCACCUGGUAACCAGACCAAUUCAGAGGGGUGUGGGGAGAGACAGGUUACCAGAGAGUUGGGUAAGGAAGACCACCCAUCUUGGGAAGUCCUCACCAUCUCCCUGCCAGAGGAGGUUAAAACAGCCAGGCAACACAGCCCUUCCUCUAGCCCAGGGUCGUCUGCAAAACACCUUUUGUCCCGGAGGCCUCUUGGCCUUCCGUCCCACCCCGGAAUGGCCUGCUUCCAGAGCUCUUGUGCGGAAUCCUGCCCAUAACUCAACUUCUGGUGCGGUCUCUCUGUCUCCUCUGCUCACUCUGUCACCUCUGCGCCUUGGCACUGCCCUCCGGGUGCUGACUAGGAACCUUGCUCUAAGUGUGCACACACCCCCUGGCCUCUGCACUGUGCGAGGACCCUGGCACCAGUGUGAUCUUCAGGCUGCCCCAGCCAACCCUCCCACACCAGUGCCCUGGAAACCACAGGUGUCCAAUCUGGUCGCAGAUUGGCAGUCACCAGGGGUCAGUGCUAACUACAAUGAGACCAUCGGCUUUUUCUAUAAUAACAGUGGCAAGGAGCUCAGCACUCACUGGCGCCCCAAGGAUGUGGUAGUGGUGGCUCUGGGUGACAGUCAGUUACUGGUGUUGCUCACCAAUCUGCUGGUUAUUGCGGCCAUUGCCUCCAACCGGCGCUUCCACCAGCCCAUAUACUACCUGCUAUCGCAACUUGCUGCUGCUGACCUCUUCGCCGGGAUGGCCUACCUCUUCCUCAUGUUCCAUACUGGCCCACGAACUGCCCGGCUCUCCAUCAGAGGCUGGUUCCUGCGACAGGGUCUGCUGGACACCAGCUUGACGGCAUCAGUGGCCACACUGCUGGCCAUCGCUGUAGAACGGCACCGUAGUGUGAUGGCUGUUCAGCUACACAGCCGCCUACCCCGGGGCCGUGUGGUCACACUUAUUGUGGGUGUGUGGGUUGCUGCACUGGGCCUGGGGUUGCUACCUGCACACUUCUGGCACUGCCUCUGUGACUUGGAUAGUUGCUCACGAAUGGUGCCCCUGUUCAGCCGCUCCUACCUGGCUGUGUCCCUGUCCAGCCUUCUGGUCUUCCUGCUUAUGGUAGCUGUCUACACACGCAUUUUCUUCUAUGUGCGUAGACGGGUAGAGCGCAUGGCAGAGCAUGUCAGCUGCCAUCCCCGCUACCGAGAGACGACGCUCAGCCUAGUCAAAACUGUUGUCAUCAUCCUGGGGGCAUUUGUGGUGUGGCUGGACACCAGCCAAGUGGUGCUGCUCCUGGACGGUCUGGACUGUAAAUCCUGCAAUGUCUUGGUUGUGGAGAAGUACUUUCUGCUCCUGGCUGAGGCCAACUCACUGGUCAACGCAGUGGUGUACUCCUGCCGAGAUGCUGAGAUGCGCCGGACCUUUCGCCGCCUCCUCUGCUGCGUGUUCCUCCGCUGAUCCAACACACAAUCUUCCCGAUACUCAUCUUCUACCCAGACUGGUGCCAGCACCCGGAUCAUGCUUCCUGAGAACGGCUGCCCACCAAUGGACUCCACCCUUUAGCUUCCUUGGACUGAGGCAGAAGAUGGGGCAGCAAAAGUAUCACCCCACAGCCUCUAGCAGUUUCCCUGACUCAAUCCAGCCCAGGAGAUGCAUGGUUUUCAAUACUUCCCAGGCUACAGAUCUGCCUGCCUCAGAACACAGGGAUUUGGGGUCAUCUCUGUGCACCUGGGAGAGCAUCCAAAGGGGCGUGGCAGCCUGGCUCUCAAACAUCUCAGGGUUUUACUUAUUUUUGUUUUAACAACACGUUUUAUAUUUUUCUUUAUAUCUCUGGUAUGUCCUGUGGACUGUUUCUUCCUACAUGGUGCUGUCGGUGUUCAGGGUAGAAAAGGUGAGAGCUGUCGUAGGUUACACCACCCACUGAUGCAGGCUAGACUAUAGGUAUGCUGUCUUUCCGAGGCCAGUUUGGUUUUUGGUUUUUUUGAGACAGGAUCUCAGUAGCCUAGGCUGGCCUUGAGCUCACUGUGUAGCUGAGGAUGGCCUUGAUCCUCCUGACUCCACCUCCCAAGUGCUGGUAUUGAAGCUGAUUCCUUGGGAGUUUUGAGCAGCCUCUGAGGGCUCACCUGCCUCCAUUAACGUGGAGGGAGUACGUGAUACAGGACAAGCCUUUCCACUCUAAGGUUGCCAAGGUCAUUUUCAAACAAUUUGUCCCUGUGUCCCUGGAAUUAUCUAUCUAUCAUGGCACAGAGUUUGCGAGAAUCCUUCAACAUGGAAUCCCCUGACCCCAUCCUCAUUCCUAUU